GGACAGCCAGUGCUUUGUUUCAGCGCUCUUCGGUUGGUACAAGUUGAUACAUUACCAUUACACUGCAGUAGAACCAACUGUAUAGGAAAUCCUAGAAAUCUCAACGUUUCUAUACCUCAUAUGAUAUGUUGCUUUGAAUUCCUAUAUAGGUGGACGAAGUGCCAGCUUUGUUUUGUGUUCGCGGUAAAUCACAGACUCAAGCCUUUGAGCCAUUUUUUCUUCCACCGGAUUCCCCGUACUCCUCGCAUUUGACAUGGCCUUGGUCGAGCCAAAGAAGGUUGCAGGUGGUGCUUUUGGACAGUUCUUAGCUGAGAAGCGCUCGGAGCUACAGAAGGAGCUUCAAGGAAAGCCUGUGACGGAGAUUACGAAGCUGGCCUCGGCCAAGUUCAAGGCUUUGAGUGAAGAAGAGCGAGCCAUCUAUCAGGAGAAGUACGUGACUGCCAAGGCCAAGUAUGAAGCGGACCUGAAGGCAUUCGAGGAAGCCGGAGGCGAGAAGAAGCAGCGCAAAGCUAAGGGCAAGAAGGAUGGCAAGAAGAAGAAAGACCCAGAUGCCCCGAAGCGCCCUGCUGGAGGCGCUUAUGGUUGCUUCCUGGCCAAGCACCGCGCGGCUUUCCAAAAGGAGACCGCUGGUCAACCAAUCACCGCAGUGACCAAGCUGGCAUCUGCCAAGUGGAGUGCGCUGAGUGCAGAAGAGAAGACGAUCUAUGAGGAUGAAUACAAGGCCAAGAAGGAAGCCUAUGACGAAGCCAUGAAGUCCUACGUGCCCGUGCCGCGUGAAGGUGCUGAAGAGCCGGCAGCAAAGAAGCCGCGUUUGUCGGAGGCCAAGGAGUCCAAGGCAAUGGAAAAGGAAGCCAAGACAAAGGCUGCAGCCGAUGCCCCAAAACGCGCGCGUGGCCGCCCAAGGGCAGAUGGAGCGGCAAAGGUGGUGAAAGCCAAGGCGCUCAAGGGUGAGGAGGUGGAGCUGCAGGCGACGGUCUUAGCGAAGGCUGACAAGGUUGGCAUGUCCGAAGCUUUGAGGAAGUUGGCCAACCGCGAUGAUAUCAAAGCCAGUGGGAAGAGUCAAAGUGCCAUGCUCAAGGCUUUGGAGGAGAAUCGUGGACUUGUGCAUCCUGCCAAGCGAGCACUCUUGGGUGCGUGAGCGACCGAUUUGGGGGACGGCAAUCGCAGAUUGAAGAGUCAGCCGCCAUGCGGGGCGAAUGCCACGGUGAGCUGGAGAUUCAUUGGGAGCGGUUGCCAGUUGCUAAUUAAACAGGUUGAUCAGCUACAUGCAGGAAACGUGUGUUUCGAGCAUUUGAUGAAAGGUUGGGAAAA